AUGCCUGUCUCAAGCUUGAAUUCGGCUUUGGCUUGUAAAAGAGAUGAAAAUAAAUCCGACAACUUCUCACAAAGAGCUGAAGUCAUCUCAGCUCUCGCAUCUCGUGUCAAGGGUCGCACCUUUGUAACCACUGGAGCCAAUGCCCAAUGCCUCGGCGGCCAGAUUGCCACAACGCUUGCCAGUGGCAGUCCUGCUCAGAUCAUACUCGCCUCUCGAACUGCCAAUAAUGUUCAGCCGGUCCUCGACAGCAUCAAAGCUAUCGAUAGCUCUAUCAAGACCACUUACGUGCCGCUGGACCUGACUGACCGCGACUCUGUCAAGAACGCUGCCGAGACCAUUCUGGCUACAGCCCCCAAGAUUGACGUGUUGAUCAACAAUGCUGGAAUCAUGGCUGUACUGGAUUACACAAAGGAUAAGCACGGCGUGGAGCUGCAGUUCUCCGCCAAUCAUGUUGGGCCAUUCUUGUUCACCAACCUUCUGGUGACUGCCCUAGAGGCUGCCGGACCCGGCUCACGUGUGGUGAAUGUGAGCAGCCAGGCCUAUCGCUGUAGUCCUGUGCAGUUUGAGGACUGGAACUUCUCGGACGGCAAGACCUACGAUAUCUGGACAUCCUAUGGACAGUCCAAGACGGCCAACAUUCUCUUCGCCGUUGGCUUGACCAAGCGUCUUAGUAGCCGCGGUAUCACUGCUUCCGCGCUCCAUCCUGGAUUGAUCAUGGGCACCAGCUUGGGUACCCACCUUGACCAGAGUGCGUUUGCCAAUGUCGAUGAAAUCACCCCUCAGACCAAGACAAUCGAGCAGGGCGCAGCUACCCCGCUGAUGGCUGCUCUUGAUCCCGAGAUUGUCUCCAAGUCGCCUGCCUACAUCACCAAUGCCAAGGGGGAAAAGCCAUACGAGUUUGCAGAUGAUGCCGAGCUUGCUGAUAAGCUGUGGGUCCUCAGCGAAGAGAUUCUGGGACAGAAGUUUUCUUACUAG